GACGGCGCGGCCACGGCGGCGCGGCUGCUGGUGCCCGCGUCGCCGCCCGCCUCGUUGUUGACCCCGACCAGCGAGGGCCCCGCGCCGCUGUCGCAGCAGUGGACGGCGGGCAUGGGCUUGCUGAUGGCGCUCAUCGUGCUGCUGAUCGUGGCGGGCAACGUGCUGGUGAUCGUGGCCAUCGCCAAGACGCCGCGGCUGCAGACGCUCACCAACCUCUUCAUCAUGUCCCUGGCCAGCGCUGAUCUGGUCAUGGGGCUGCUGGUGGUACCGUUUGGGGCCACCAUCGUGGUGUGGGGCCGCUGGGAGUACGGCUCCUUCUUCUGCGAGCUCUGGACCUCAGUGGACGUGCUGUGCGUGACGGCCAGCAUCGAGACCCUGUGUGUCAUCGCUCUGGACCGCUACCUCGCCAUCACGUCGCCCUUCCGCUACCAGAGCCUGUUGACCCGCGCACGGGCGCGGGCCCUCGUGUGCACCGUGUGGGCCAUCUCGGCCCUGGUGUCCUUCCUGCCCAUCCUCAUGCAGUGGUGGCGGGCAGAGAACGACGAGGCGCGCCGCUGCUACAACGACCCGAAGUGCUGCGAUUUCGUCACCAGCCGGGCCUACGCCAUCGCCUCGUCCGUGGUCUCCUUCUACGUGCCUCUGUGCAUCAUGGCCUUCGUGUACCUGCGGGUGUUCCGCGAGGCCCAGAAGCAGGUGAAGAAGAUCGACAGCUGCGAGCGCCGCUUCCUUAGCGGCCCCGCGCGGCCGCCCUCGCCCGCGCCCUCGCCGGGGCCCCAGCGCCCCGCCGCCCAGCUGGCCAACGGGCGCGCCAGCAAGCGGCGGCCCUCGCGCCUCGUGGCCCUGCGCGAGCAGAAGGCGCUCAAGACGCUGGGCAUCAUCAUGGGCGUGUUCACGCUCUGCUGGCUGCCCUUCUUCCUAGCCAACGUGGUGAAGGCCUUCCACCGCGACCUGGUGUCCGACCGCCUCUUCGUCUUCUUCAACUGGCUGGGCUACGCCAACUCGGCCUUCAACCCCAUCAUCUACUGCCGCAGCCCCGACUUCCGCAGGGCCUUCCAGCGCCUGCUCUGCUGCGCGCGCCGGGCCGCCUGCGGGAGCCACGCGGCCGCCGGCGACGACGACGACGACGACAUCGGGGCCGCGCCGCCCACGCGCCUGCUGGAGCCCUGGGCCGGCUGCAACGGCGGGGCGGCGGCGGACAGCGACUCGAGCCUGGACGAGCCGAGCCGCCCGGGCUGCGCCUCGGAAUCCAAGGUGUAGGGCCCGGCGUCCCUCCCCACCUCCCCAGCCGGGACGCAGGCUCUGCGCCCCGGGAGGAAGAAAGCCCGGGUGCCCCUGAAUGGCUUCCCAGGGGAGAGAGAUCUGUGUUUACUCAAGACCGAAAGCAGGUGAACUCGAAGCCCACAAACCUCGUCUGAAUCAUCCAAGACAAACAGAAGAGCCACGGACCGUUGCACAAAAAGGAAAGUUUGGGAGGGGUGGGAGAGUAGCUUGCUUAUCUUUCUUGGGUUCUUUUUUCUGCUUGUG